CGCCGGAAGUCGCUGUAGCCCAGAGCGGAAGUUGUCGCUUAGAGACGAAAACAUGGCGGAUGAAGACGAGGAUCAGACCUUUGAGGAGGAGAAUGAUGACCUCGGAGCCGGAGCGGAAGGGGGCUCGGGGCGCAGGAAGCGGCUCUUCUCUAAGGAACUGCGCUGUAUGAUGUACGGCUUUGGGGAUGAUCAGAACCCAUAUACAGAGUCUGUGGACAUCCUGGAGGACCUGGUGAUCGAGUUCAUUACAGAGAUGACCCAUAAAGCCAUGUCUAUCGGGCGCCAGGGCCGGGUCCAGGUGGAGGACAUCGUGUUCCUGAUACGGAAGGACCCGCGCAAGUUCGCAAGAGUGAAGGACCUGCUGACCAUGAACGAGGAGCUGAAGAGAGCCAGGAAGGCCUUCGAUGAGGCCAACUAUGGCUCCUAGAGGCCCAGACCGGCGGGCGCUGACUGGGGAGCAAUUGCCAUGGCAACAGUCACAAUUUUUUUAAAAAAUUUUUUUUUUAUUUAAAUGCUC